AUGAAUCCAAGCAAAAUCGAGGAGGACCUUUUCCACCAUCUCGGCCCGCCGCCGAUACUCCACGACAACCACCAGUUCAUCGGCCUCGGCCACCACCAGCCCCAGCCACCCAUCGACGACGAAGCUUUCUCCCUCGCCGAGAUCGAUCUCUUCCGUGAUGACGAAGAAGACGACGACGUCAGUCGCACCUCCUCAGACGCCGAAAUCCCCCUCGCCCCCCCGAACGGCGCUGUCCCCGCCCGGAGCCCUAAUUUGCCGGACCCUCCCCCACCUCCGAUUGACCGCGGAAAGAGGCUAAUUCAGCAGUCCCCUCUCCGAAUCAACCCCGAGCCGCACGUCUCCGCCCAAUUCUACACCUUUAAUAAGGAUUCCCACUCCCUAAUGAUUCGGUGCCUGAUUGGGGGUCGGACGGCGACGCCGGAGGAGAUCCGGGCGGUGACCCCUGCGCCGCUGCUAUCCACCUGGCGUUCGGUGUGGAAGGAUCGGAACGAGGACACAGCCUAUCUGACGGCGUGGAAGCGCAUCCAGGAUAAGCUCACCGUCCACGUGUCGGAAUCCGCUGCCUCCGUCAUUGAUAACAACUGCACCCAUUUCCUCUGUUUCAAGAACAACCUCAGUCAAUUCGUGUCGCACAUUGACCAGUGGCAGGACAUAGUCAUGUCGUACCAUGGGGAUGCCGAUUUCCAGCACCUAGGGUUGAAAGACACCACAGAGAGAAUUAAGCAAGUAUGGACCGUGGGGGCCAAAUAUUACGGCAUACCCGAGAGUUAUAUCAGGACGUGUUUGGCUACUUGUCCUUUAUGCCUGGAUGAGUCCUCUGGCUGCGCACCAAAGUCCAAGAAGCGUAAGUUUGAAUACACGGAGUCUCUGGAUGUGCCCGCCAAGGAAGUGCAGACGCGGUUGCAACAGCUGGCAGCCAAGCAUAAGGUCGUGUUAUGCAUACGGCAGAAGUACAUCAGGUACAAGCCAUUUAUGGCUGAGGUUAAGGAUUAUGCCUGCCACAGGGCAGGUGAGCCGGCAAAAAAGCCCCGGUUUCUGAAAAGGGAGCAGUAUGCUUCCAAGCGGUGUGGGUGUCAGUUUCGUAUAAGGGCAAUAGUUCCCAUAUCAAAUUAUAAUGAUAAGGAAAAGACAUUUGUUUAUGAGGAAGAGGGAACAGCUGUGUUCAAGCUUUAUGCGGUGCACUCAGGGCACGAGCCAGGGCCGUUGGAUGGGAAUGCGAGGAUCAUGCAUCGAGUGUUGGGUCAUAAAGGGGGUGUUUUGAUAGAUCAGGAGACUGUGUAUGGGAUGGCUGAGGAUGGGGAAACUGAGGGUUUUAGGUUCUCAGGAAAGAACUUGAGCGAUCUGCAGAGUACGGUUUUGCAUCAGGUCCAGGAAUUGAGAAAUGAGUUGGGUUUGCUGGAGAGUAGGAUUGGGAAAAUGCCGUCCCCACGGUUGGACACUGUGUCACGUGAGCUCUUUGAAAUCGUGAAUAGACUUAGGAAUGUUGCAGAUGAUGGUUCAAAAUCUGUUGGGUUGCUGUCAGAGAAACAGGAUCUAGAUGAUGUCUUAGUAGUGGAGCAUGAUUUGCCAGACUGGGUUGAUGACCAUCACACAAGGAUCUAUGGGGAUGGGAAGGAUGCUGAUGGUUUGGAAGAUGACGAGGCCAGCUUUGGGAGAACUCUUGGGGAGGUUGCUUCUUGGAAUCAGAUGAGGAUAGAGGGCAGGAAAGGGAAAGAUAUCCUUAGUGACAAUUAUAAAGCCAAGUGGUCUAAAUGUGACGACUUCGAUCAGAAGGAUAAUAUUGGGUGCAGUAACCCUAACAUGAUCAAUCCCUUAAGACACGACGAGAUAAUAACGUCAGAUGUAGAAGGUCUUGUCGGUAUACAGGUAAACAGUUUAUACCCCGAAAAUCCAAAAUGGUUGGAUUCUCCUGGUGGACUUGAUCCUGGAGCUGAUUGUGGUGAUGGUGGGUUCAGGCAUGGGGAGAUCAUGUAG